AUGUCCACUAAAACCGAUCCCCAUGUCAAUGUUCCAAAAUCCCGUUCCUGGCUCGUCAUUUCCGGCGCAAGCACCUCGCUCUUCUGCACAGUCGGCUUCCUAAACUCAUUUGGCGUCUUCGAAGAAUACUAUGCCUCCGCACAACUCUCCAUGAACAGCCAAUCCACAAUCGCUUGGCUGGGCGCCACCGCGAUAUUCUUCCUAUUUUCGAUAUCCGUCAUAUCAGGCAUCAUCCUCGACGUAUUCGGCCCACGACUAAUGUGCUGGGCGGGUGCAAUCGGCACCGUUUUUUCCAUCAUGAUGACUUCGCUCUGCCAGAAAUUCUAUCAGUUUCUCCUUGCGCAGGGCGUAUUACUAGGUAUUUCCAUGGCGCUUGUUACGUGGCCUAUGUUGGCGCUUGUUGGGAAGUGGAUUAAUGCGGAGAAUCGCGGUGCUGCGCUGGGGAUUGUCCUUGCGGGUUCUUCGCUAGGUGGCGUGGUCUGGCCAAUUGUGAUUGACAAGUUGUUGAAGGCGGGUGGGAUUGGAUUUCCGUGGACGAUGCGGAUCGUUGGGUUUAUCAUGAUUCCAUGUUUUGGUUUUGCAUGUCUUGUUGCAAAGGAACCACCGACUGUCGCUUCCCAAGUUGAGCGGAAGGCGGAAGAUGAUUUGGUCAUUGCGACUGAAGCCGAGAAGGUCGAUCGCAAGGCGGAGGCCAUAUUACUCUACAAGAAACCGGCUUUGCAAUUGCUUUCGUUGGCUAUGUUUAUUACAUACUUCGGGAUCUUUGCCUUUUACACCGUUUCCAUCGUCAAUGGGGCUUCAUUUUUCGGUCGGGUCGUCCCUGGAUUUAUGGCUGAUCGGUAUGGCAAGUUCAAUUGUGUGAUCGUGUCCACCUUGCUGGCCGGUCUGAUUGCACUGUGCUGGACGAAGGUGGACUCGGUAGCUGGCUUGGGAGUAUGGUCGGCUGCUUACGGCUUUGCUUCUGGGGGGAUCAUCUCACUCCAGCAAGCAUGUGCAGCCCAGGUUGCCACGCCCUCCACGAUGGGUCUUGCUCUCGGGACUGUGUCGGCUUCCGUUUCACUAUCGGCCAUGGCAAAUGUUCCAAUCAGUGGUGCACUGGCCGAGAAAUACGGCUAUCUUUCUCUUUCGCUUUUCUCAGGCGUUUCGCUUAUUCUCGGCGGUAUACUGCUUAUAGCUGCUCGGCUCGUCCAAGAUAGACGUCUCCUUGCAAUCGUCUAG